AUGUUCCAGCACGGGUUUUGGCGGGAGCCACACCGCUCUCUGGUGCGCAGGCGCCGGGUUACAAGUUCGCGUUUGCGCAGGUGCAGAGUCGCCACCCUCUGCCCGCGGCGGGAGGCGGCGUGUGGGCCUCUUGCGGGCCCCGGGCUUCUGCGCGGCGGCGGCGCGGACGCCGGGUUCGACAUGGCCAGCUGGGUGUUCUGUAAUCGCUGCUUCCAGCCGCCGCACCGGACGUCGUGCUUCAGCCUGACCAACUGCGGCCACGUGUACUGCGACGUCUGCCUGGACAAAGGUGAGGCGGGCUGGCCCUGGGGUCGGGCAGUACCCGGGCGGCAGGGCGGGGCCGAGGGCGCCGGGUUCCUUCCCGAACCUCGGGUGCAGAGGCAGCAGGACGUCCUGCUGGUGAGGACGAGCGUGGCGGAAACCAGCAUGCUGCGGCAGGUGCGGGUCACUGGGGCCCCCGGACAGGAGCAGGUGAGUCAGCCGACGCCAGCAGGUGGGAGGUACGAGGCCUCCGUCCAGGCGCCGCCGUGCAGGUGGCAGGAGCUCGGCAAACGCAGAGUCCUUUCCCGUAAAGUUUGCUUUUCUUUUACAGGUAGAAAGGGCGAGUGCUUGAUUUGUAAAGUGCCUUGUCGCACACUUUUACUUUCAGAACACACGGACGCGGAUAUCCGGGCACUGUUCGUGGGUAUAGAUGACCUGUGUAGGAAGUACUCAAAGGAGACCUUCCAGGUUUCAGAAUUUCAAGAAAAGCACAGAAGGAGACUGUUGGCCUUCUAUAGAGAAAAGAUCGCAAAGCUGGAAGAGUCCCUUCGGAAGUCAGUGCUGCGGUUGGAACAGCUGCAGGGUGUGAGAUUGUCACAGCAGACAGCUUUCAGCACAAUAAAAACUCCAGUUUCGACUCCUUCGGCACGGCCAGGCGGACACCUCCGGCCCCCUGACUCGUCAGCCUCCAACAGGGUGGAGUCCAUGCAGGUCGACCUCACUCCUUCCCCAGCGAGAAAACCUGAGGUCACGGCUGGCCCGGCAAGAAUCUCUCUGAUCAGCCCGCCUCAUGAUGGACGCAUGGGCAGUGUUGCCCGCCGCGGCCCUCAGCCCCUCGGCCCGACGCCAAGUCACAGGGAGCUGCCCCAGGCCCUCAGGGUCCCACCGCUGCCUGUCCCCGGCAAGGGGCUGUCCCAGGUGCCCGCGCCCCAGGCCCCAGGCCGAGCAGGAAGAGGGGGCUCGCCCAGCCUGGGGGGCUCCCAGGCAGUGGCCCCCAGGCAGCCCAUCAGCAUCUCCGCACUGCUGCAGAGACAGCACGCAGGCAAGUGUGCCCUGCUCUGA